GUGUCCCUCAACGACUUAAAAAUGCGUUACGUUGCCGCUUACCUGUUGGCUACCCUCGGAGGUAACAAGAGCCCAUCGAAGGACGACAUCAGCAAGGUCCUCAGCAGCGUCGGCAUCGAGGUUGACGGCGCCAAGCUCGACAAGGUAAUUGCCGAGCUUAAGGGCAAGUCCAUCGAUGAGCUGAUCACCAAGGGCUCUGAGAAGCUGGCCUCAGUUCCAUCAGGAGGUGGUGCUGCUGCUCCGGCUGCGGCGUCCGCCGCUGCCGCACCGGCCGCUGGUGACGACAAGAAGGGAGGCAAAAAGGAGGAGAAGAAGGAAGAAUCCGAGGAGGAGGACGAUGACAUGGGAUUCGGUCUCUUUGACUAA